AUGCGCUUCUCGAUGCUGGUUGCUCUCUUGUCCACUUGGACCAGCAUCUUGGCUUUCCCAGGAUUGAACCGGUUGAGAAGCACUGACCUUCCAGCGCAGCCACCUUCGCUCUCCAACCUCGAUGCCUUGGGCCUCUCGUCAACACAGCGACAAGCACUGUUCAGCAUUACAGAUUCGCCCACGACCGACUACUCCGGCCAGCAAUGUUACUCUCACAUCUACGACCAAGUCAAACAAGGAUGUGCUCGAGAAGCCGAUAUGGAGCCUAGAGAACGCAUGCUUGCCUCGGUCUUAUUAACAAUAUGCGAUCUACGAGCAUCCAACCAAAGUGUACCUCUCGAAUGCAGCACCACUGUCGAAGAUAGUUCCCUAGCCACAUGUGUCGAAGCUUUGUCGAGGAGCACAAGACACUGGUCUAGCUAUGCCGGUUACCUCAGAGAGAUCCCGCAAAUAUGCUCUAGUUUGCAGCGAUGGAGAGAUACCGAGCUGUAUCAAGCAGCAACAAGGGAGAAGGUCAAGUUGAUCAAGAUGUGGAGGGAGAAGUUGGAGGAUGUGGGGAUGGCGAAUGAGGCUGAGAGAGGGGAGAGGGGGCGAUGGUUGGGCGAGAUGAGUGGGUUAGCGGUUCGGUUGAGGGAAGAUUUGCAGAGCCUACUCGACCAGCUUAGGGGAUCGUUGGAGAAAUAUGGGGAGCAAGAGAAGGGCUUGGUGGAAUCGAUGCAGAAUCUUGAGCCUCACCUCAGGGAGACCACUCUAUCGCUGAUGGGAGAAUUAGCAGAUGCUUCCCGAUUGCAUUCGGAGGAGAUGUCGCUACAGCUUCAGCAAGUCUCAACUCGACACGGCGACCUCUUGGGACAAGCCAUGAAUCAACACCUCAGCAAAGCCACAGAGGCGAUCGAAAACGGCUUGGUAGCUCCAAUGCAAGCCGCACAAGGUCUUGUUGCUCACCUCGACGCUCAUACAGAUGCUCUCCAGCUCGCGCUGCAUGAUCAGCACGAUCUGGUCGGCACGCUGGCAUCGGCUUCUGAAGCAAUGGUUGACCGACAACAGCUGCACGAGCAGCAGCUUGUCAACGAGCUCAACGCCUUGAGACAGGUUCAGGAGGGGCUAAGCAGCAUUGGAAACGAGAUGAACGACACACACGCUCAGCUUGGGUUGCUGUUGCGAUCACAUCAUUUUGCUCCGUCGUUCUUGUACAACACUGUCUUCGUUGUUGAACGAGUGGUGUUUUGGGCUUUGGGCGAGGUUGGACAUAGGUCUGGGCUAGAUGAUCUCAAUUUGUCGGCGUGGCGAUGUUUCCGCUGGCUUGUAUUGUUCUGGCCUCUCUCGCUCAAAUUGAGAGCCGUGGCAAUGGCUACCGUGUCCAUCGUGAAAAGCUUGCUGGCGGGAAUGGUGCUGCUGUUUAUGCUUCUCAGAGGGUGUUUACGACCUCUCUACAUGCUCCUGCUUGGACUUGGAACAAAACAGCCCCUCACACGAAAAGAAGGAGUCGAAGAUGGAGCGGAAGUCCGAAUGGACCUCGAAGGUCAACUUUCAUCCUCUUGGUAUGUUGUUUCCCCUCGAUCGAUUGCUUCUCGUAGCAUUCAACCUUUUGAGCAUCGCCAUCAACACGAUUCGUCACGAAGGUCGCGAGUUCACUGUCCAUCCGCUGUCUAA